CAAUUCGGGGGGGGGGCUCGUCCAUUUUUCGGUGUGAGUCAGGCACGUCGGUGGGGUGAUGCUAAGACGUUGGGAAGGGGCCGGGAAAGCCGCGGGAGGCGGCGGGGAGCGGCCCGCCCGCCCAGGGCUGUGCUCUCUGCCGUGCCGCCGCUGAGGGGAGCGCUGCUGCUUCCUCCUCCUCCUCCUCUUCCUCCUCCUUCCCUUCCCGCGCCGGGGCCGGCGCCAUGGCUGGGGGCGCUGGGCCGCGCCGCGCACCCUAACGGAGCGGUGCCCGCCCCCGCCGCGAGGCUUGAGGGUCGUGUCCCGAUACCGAAAGGAAGAGCCAAAAAUGAGCCUCGCCCCGAGCUGAGCCGUUUCUCCUGAAGCUGAGGGAGGACGGGGACUACACAGAGGCCGUCCUUGCAUUUCACGGUCCAUCAGCCCGGCAGCAUUUUGGCUUGGAUUCCAUCUUGCUGCUACCUGUUCCUGGACAGUGUCAGGGAGGAGAAGAGGCACCAUCCCACCAUGUCUCGUUACAGCCUCCAUAAUCUCCUGGACUGGAUGUAUGGGGGUGUGGACCCCAGCUUUGCUGGUAACGGGGGGCCAGAGUGCGCGGCCUUUCUCUCUGGGCAGCAGCGUCUUGUGGAGAGUGUGGUCUUCCUCAGUGUGGGAAUCGUGGAGAUCCUUCUGUCCCUCUGGAAACUCAGGCAGCUGCACUUGAGGGACCUGGAGGAUCAUCUGCUGCAGCGGCCCCAGACUAAGCAGGAGAGCUUGGGCAAGAAUGUGCUGCUGGUGGUGCUGUGUCUCAUCUUUGGGCUGGAGAUGGGGUUCAAGUUUGCUACUAGGACUGUCAUUUACCUCCUAAAUCCUUGUCACGUUGUUACCAUGAUGCAGAUUUUUCUUCUUGCCUGUCCCCCAUGCCGGGUUGCAAUGAUUCUCUUCAGGUUGCAGAUGCAUAUGCUGAAUGGGGCCCUCUUGGCAUUGCUGUUUCCAGUUGUUAAUACACGCCUGCUUCCAUUUGAAAUGGAAAUUUAUUACAUCCAGCAUGUGAUGCUUUAUGUUGUGCCCAUCUAUCUGCUGCGGAAAGGAGGUAUCUACACUCCAGAACCACUCUGCAAUUUCUGGUGGGCUCUUUUAUCCACGGGGUUUAUGUUUGUGUAUCAUUUUAGCAUCUUGCAGAUUCUGGGCUUGGUUACAGAAGUGAAUUUGAACAACAUGUUGUGCCCAGCCGUCUCAGAUCCUUUUUAUGGGCGCUGGUAUCGAAUUUGGGCAUCUGGACACCAGACUGUCAUGACCAUGACUCAUGGGAAGCUUGUAAUCCUACUGUUUUACAGUGCUGUCCCCAUCUUUAAGUGUAGCAUGGACUUGCUUAGACUCCCAGCUAAGAAAAUAGACUGAAAUGUCUCCUCACAUAGUAGUACAUACAGGAAGCAGAUAUACUUUUACUGGAAAACAAAGAGGAGGGAUGAGAGGACAAUGGGUUUAUACUUCUCCCCACAGUUUAUUGCCUCAGAAACACCUCUAUAACCAAGUGAGGUUUUUUUAACUGCUGUUUCUCACUGCCUAUUGCCAAUGGCAAAAUUAGUGGCCUUAUUCUGGAAAAGGUUCAUGUUUUAUACCUUUUGUGUAGAUUACAGUAGAAUCUUACUAAGCCACCGUUGAAAAUGAGGCCAGGAUCUGUCCACAUUCCAGCAAAGACAGUGGCAGUGCUACCUCGUUUUGACUUACUUUCCAUUAAAUAUAAGUACACUUAUAGCAUAGGAAAUUAAGCAACACUCUAGUGACAUGAACAGAACACAUAUUGAUAUGCAUUAUCUUGGCUUAACUCUUAGCACUUGGAAGUUGCAAAAUGAUCACAGUGGAACGGUGUACACUUGAUCUCCCAGUCAUAAGUGCAAAACAGGGAGGUUCCACUAUAUUUCUUUAAGCUGGUUGAAAAUAUUGGGGAACAAUAACUCAUUCAAAAAAAAGUUUUUUGAUUGACUAUUGAAUUUCUAAGCUGCUGUGGAUGAAUAUCUGUCUGGCUGAGUCCCAUCAGGUCUUGAUGCUUUGGAGAUGCUUUUAUUUGAGUGAGUGGAAAAACACCAUGUUGAAACAGUUUCAAAAGACCAUGUUACGUAUAAGUUACGUGAGAUAUUUCAUCCACUGUUCUGACCUGACUUUGAACAAAAUCUUGGGUUUUUCACUUCGCUUGGACAGGAGGAGUGGAGAUACAAAGUCCAAUGUUAACUUCAGAGUUGUUUUUUUUUUUUUUUGACUUACUAGCUUUUGAAACAUUCCUCCUCUGUGUUCUGCACUGAUCCUCACUCAGUAGAGUGGUUAGGGAAGAAAAAAUGAAACAGUGUUCUCUCUCCACACCUCUAAUACAUUCUUUAUACUGAUUUCAAAAUACAGACAUAAAGAGGAACUUCAAAUCAGUGCAGGCCUCUACUGAGAAGAAAGCGUUCCAGUUUACUAGUAUGACUGAAUCUUCCUGUCAACAUGUCUUUUGGAGAACAGGAUGUAGAUAGAAUGAUAAAUAGUAAGCUGUGUGUACUUGUUCAAAUUUUCCAAGGCUAGAGGAGAAACUGAUGGGCAGAAAGAUGGGAAACCUUAAGUGUGUUUCUCCUGCUGGUUAAUUGUGAGCCUCUUAUGCAGACUGUUGUAUUUCAGGCCUGCAGGAAUUUUGUUGUACAGAAGUUUGUCGCAAUUUAUAGAUUCAUUGUGUUGUCAAAGCUGUGACUUGUAAGAUAAAACCAUCAUACCUCCUUCAGCUGGGUCACCUGAAGAGAUAUUUGAUACAUUGUGAAGUUAAGGUACAGUCAUUUAUACCUCAAGAAGGAAAAGCAAGAAUGAGAAGUGGUUGG